AUGCUGCUGCUGCUGCUGCUGCACUUGGCAGCAGCAGCAGCAGUCGGCAGCAAAUGCACCGAGGGAAGUACCGCUGCUUUCGUUAGCCCCCUGAUGCCCUGCUGCAGCAAACCCUUGACCAGCAGCAGCAGCAGCAGCAGCAAGUGGAGCAGCAGCAGCCCCGUGCGGCGUGUGCUUCGCGGACAUGCACACAGCAGCAGCAGCAACAGCAGCAGCAGCAGAGUGGACACCAAAAGCUGCAUCAGUGGCAAGCUCAGCAGCGACAGCGCCAGGGGCGGCAGCAGCAGCAACAGCAGCAGCAACAGCAGCAGCAAAGUGCCUGGGGACGUGGGCAGUCUUGCUGCUGCUCCUCUUUUUGGGUAUUCUCAUCGCCACUUUCGCUAUUUGCUGCGGCUGCUGUCAGCAGAUUUGCUGCUGUACACAGAAAUGCUGCUGCCAGUGCAGCAGCAGCACCGGCAGUUGCUGCUGCUGCUGCAGCGGCUCCAGCAGCAGCCGCAGCAGCCCGCGCACUCGCUACAAAGGCAGCAGCUGCUGCAGCAGCUGCUGCUGCUGCUGCCCGGCCACGCAGUAGAAGAGAUCAGAGCUGCUGCAGCAGACAGCCGGACGGUGCUGCAGCUUGCUGCUGCUGAUGCUACUGCCGCAGCAGCAGCGGCAACAGCUGCUGCUGCAAUCGCAGCUGACGAGCAGCAGAAACUGCAGCAGCAACAGCAGCUGCUGCUUUUCAACCUCAACUGCGGCUGCCCCAGCAGCAGAGCAGCAGCAGGAGGCUUCGGUUUGCUGCUGCAGCGGCAGCCGCAUAAUGUUGCUGCCAUUGCAACGCAGCAGCAGCAGCAGCUGCUGCUGCUGCUGCUGCAGCAGAGCCGGAUGCAGCAGCAGCAGCUCUAG